AUGAACGAUAUAGUAGCAGUAAUUCAAACUUGCUUGAAGCAGAGAUAUUCAGUGUAUUAUUGUAUAGGAACUGCAUGUAAUUUACUUUUCCAUGGUUAUACGGCAAUUAUACACUUAUGCCGGUACUUUCAGCAGCUGUUAGAAAAUCAAAGGAAGCUCCAAGAAAAGUGUACCAAAUCUCAACAUUUAUGUCACAUUAUGGAAUCAUUUAAUUUAUUAGAAAAUCAAGACAGUAUUAUUGCUAACUUUCACAACUAUAUCAAGCUAUUAAAUGAUGAUUUUGAUGACGGAGUCUUAUACAUCGACAAUAUUACUAAACUGUCAGCAAAUUUGUGCGGUAUUGAACAAAAGUUACAUAUAUAUGCAACAAUUGAACGAGAUAUUCUCUGGAGGCUGGUAGUGAUUGUGUCGGCUUUACUGGAAUGCAAUCACAAAGAUAUAGCAUUAACCCUCCUUGACUGUAUUGUUGAGCAUGGUUCAAUGUAUAAUCAGUAUAGCUAUGCUAUGGCUGUUCAUAUGCUAGCUUCGACCCAUCUUAAGAAAUCUGAUUACUCUAAGGCUUUGCCUUUAUACGAUUCUUGCUUAAAACUUGUAAACGAUCUUAGCAUCUAUGAUAUUGAAAUCAAAUGUCACCUUGAUUUAAGUCGCGCCUAUAUUGCCAUCAAUGAUACCAAAAUGGCUAUUUUACAUUAUGAAAGCGCGUUGUAUGUUGGAAAGAAAGGUAGUAAAAAUUAUGACAAUAAGAAAAAUUCGGAUGAAAUCAGUAGAUAUGUACUUAGCAAGCUUAAUGCAUCGCAUGAUAACGAUUCAAAUACGCCCAGCAUCACUAGCAGUUCAAUUCAAGAUUGGACAGUGGAAUUUGAGAAUGAAAAUCUUGCUGGUAGCUCUCAAUAUGUCUUUAAAGUUUUAGGCAGCAAUGAUAAGUUGACCGGAGAACAUUGGCUUCAUUGUGAAGAAGAAGUUAUAGGAAAGCUAAGUGUAAUGUAUAAAGUUCUUGGAUUAUAUAAAGAAGCUUUAAAAUAUGCUACAUCGCACAUCAAGGUCUUGAAUACUAGAGUAGGAAAUCAUGACGCUAAUUUACUACUUAAACAAAAGCUCACCAAAGAAAUAACAAUUCAAUCUAGUGGUGAAAAUCAUGAAAAGAAAGUUAAUAAUAGUCAAUUGAAACAUUCAUCGGACGAAGUAAAUCAAAAAUGCGAGAGCCAUGACCUCACAGAAUCAACAAUAAAAAAUGAUGACGAUAAGAGUAAAGAUACUGAGGGAGAACGUGGCGAUUCAUUACAAAUUUUGCUGUUGGAGGCCCACGCUAAUCUUGGAUCUAUUUAUUUAUUAUUACAAGAGUAUAAACUUGCUAUCGCUGCAUAUGAAGCUCUAGCUGUUUUAAGCAGGAAAGCCAACAAAACUCUAAUGCUUGGUACCGCAUAUGGAAGUAUUGGUGUAGCGUACUCUAAAAUGGGCAAUUAUAGUUUAGCGUUAGCUUACUGCGAGCAACAGCUACAUUUAUCUAUGAAAGCUGCCGAUUCAUCAUCACAAAUGGAUGCUUUGCUAAAACUAGGAGAUAUCUGUCAGUCGUCUGGUGAAUUACUAAAGGCUAUAAACUAUUACGAUAAGACAUUAACUCUUUCACUAAGAACAUAUAGUAUCCAAUACGAAGCUUGUUGUAAAUUGACUGCAGUCUAUUAUACCAUGAAACAUUAUCGACAAGCGCAAAUUAGUGCCGAACAAGCUCUACGAUUAGCAAAGCAAAUGUUGGAUUAUGAUAAAGAAAUGAUAAGCAAAUAUCAUCUAUCCUAUUUGCAUUGCCUUCAAAAUAAUUACGAACAGUCUAUUGUUUUUCUAUAUGAAGUUGUUUCAUAUUUUGAAAAUGACUUAUCGCGUUAUGAAAUUGAAUUAUUAAAUUCUUACCGUUAUAUACAGGAAGUAUUGAUAAAACUAGAUAGAGUAGAUGAAGCAUUAAUGUAUGCUGAGAAGUAUAAUUCCUUUCGUUUAGUAGAAUUUGUUAAAUUGAGGGAUCAAUUUCAUGGAUCACGACGUGAUAAUUACUCAUUAUCAUUAGAGGAAAUUUUAAGUGCUACACAAAGUAUGUCAUCCGAUUCCAUGCUUCUCUACUAUUCAGUGGUUCAUGGAUAUAUCUACUUGUGGUUAAUAUCACCUACACGAGACAUUAUUCGAUUCCAUCAAGUUAAAUUGAAAGGCAUCGGAUAUCUAUGUAAUCAGAUGCAAAAUUUUAGUAACAUAGGCAGAUCUGCAGUGUUGAGAAAAAAACGUGCCACCUCACCAGAAAAUUCCGACUCCAAAAUUAUUCCUAAUAAUGCCGGAAAAUCUGAAAUGCCUUCAGCUAGAAGCGUUCUUGAAGAUAAAGAUCUGUUCAAUCAAAAUGAUUUGCAAAGAUUAUACUAUCAUACGGAAAAUCGAAAGUUGUUUGAUUAUCGUCAAAGUCAUUCAGUCCGUGAUGAUCCAACAUUUCUUCAUGAAUUAUAUGAACGUAUCCAGUGCAGUAGUGUGUUAUCGGCUCUAAAAACCCUGUAUGCUAAACUUAUCUCACCUAUUGAAAAUGAUCUCAAUCUAGCUAGUAUCGAUCAUUUAAUCAUAGUUUGUGGAAACCAUUUAGCCUUUGUGCCGUAUUAUACAUUAUGUGAUGCCUGUGGUACAAGUUUAUAUCAAAAAUUUAAAGUCAGCAUUUUCUCGUCUCUUCUAACACUGCAAAUUGCCAAUAGUAAUGCUAUGAAGCAUUCAAUGCAUAACUAUGCUACUAGUUAUCAAAAACCAAGGGUUCAUGUUUACCCAUACGAUCUAUCAUUACAACAGUUUAAGGAAGGCGAUAAAAAGGAAACUUCCGAUAAUAUCAUUCAAUCUGAAUGCAUCUUAGUAGCUGGUAAUCCUGUUUUCAAGCAAAAACUAGCAAGCAAUGAACGUGUUUGGAAAUCAAACAAUCCGUUAUCAAUGUCGUUAGACGAAGUUAGGCAAAUUGGAUUACGACUGAAUACAACGCCUUUAGUAGGCUCGAUGGCAACCAAGGAACGGGUACUCCAGGAAUUAACCAAAGCUUCAGUUGUCCAUCUAUCAACAUUAGGCUGUUUAUAUUAUAACUGUUUAGCAUUUACUCCCAAUCCUUAUCGAUUGAAUACGGAUACAGCGGAAGAAGAUUCCUAUUUAGUGACAAUGGAUGACUUGAAACAAAUAAAAUUAAAAGCAAAAAUUAUCGUUCUCAGCUCGUGCAGCCAGAAUAGCUAUAGCGAUAAAAAUGCUCUACAUCAGUUAACUUAUCAUUUACCCAAUAUGCUACUGGCUUGUGGAGCAUGUUCUGUUCUUGUACCGCUAUGGCCGAUACCUGAUUUGGCAUCUGAUGCCUUUUGGUUCCAUUUUUACAGUCAUCUUUACAAACAUCAACGAUUAAGUCUAGCAUUAAAAUCAGCAUUAAAUAGCAUUCGAGAAGAUAAUCGACUGGUCGAACCCGUAUGCUGGGGAUCUUAUGUGCUCUUGGGACAAGAUAUGGCUAUAGAUAUUAAACAGAUAGAACAUCACAUGUUGAAUAAAUCUAUUGAUGAACAAAAAAUGCGAAUGGAAACAUUACUUACCAGUAAACAGACAUCAUCACCCCGCGAUAAAUCAUUCGAGGAAAUAAAUGUCGUACCCUCUGUGAAGAUGAAUGAAUUACAGAAGUUAUUAGCUGAAUUAUUUAAAUGCUAUAAAAUGCCUGAUUUUAUUCAGAUUGUAAAGGAAAUGUUGCAGCUGAUUGACCGUGCAGUAGCAUAUGUGCAAGAUUUACAGCAAAAUCCUGAUACGAUGCAGCUAUCGACCGAAAUGGCAGAAAUACCAGCAUGUCGAAAAUUAUUGUCUUUGAUUGGUUUUAACUUUCAAUCUAAUCCAAAUCAGUUGGACAAUAAUUGUGUUAUAUUUCCACAUUGGGACUAUGAUAGUCUCCUAAGGCCAUGUCAACUAGCCUUGAGAUCUAUUAAGGGAAUAGUGAAAUUUCCGUCCUGCCUCUUUGCAAUUUCCAAGUUAUUGCCGUUAGAUGAUAAACUGCAUAAAUAUUUGAUUAAACUGUUACAUGCGACUAAUUCAAGCUACAUCGACAUUACGGAUUCCUAUGUUCAUAAUGUUUGGCAAGUUAACCCUAAGUCCCGGCAGCUAUUGAUAAGCCUAGGAUAUCAUCAAGCAGGAACUUUAUUGAUACCAGAUCGAAAUUUAAAUGCCCAAGUGAGAGAUUGUUGCCAACUUUUACUAGCACUACUUGCUCCGGAAUCUAAUUCAAUUAAACCUAAGCGUAAUAGGACCAAAUCAGCUCCAGAGUCAAUGCUGAACGAACAGAAAUUUUCAUCUCGUCCAACAGCGUUGACGCCGGAAAUGAGCGACGCAUCAUCAUUGUCAUCUUUUAAACUUCCGCCUUUGAAUGAUCAAUCCAGUGACAGGGUUUUGAUGACCUCAACUUGGUCUCCACGAACAUCGUUCAAAACUAGCUCAGGGACUGUUAAGCUUGCCAAGAGAAUGGAUGCCUUGAAUACAGGAUUCUCACAUUAUGCAAUCGAUGCUGAUGAAUGGCAUCAAAAGCAAGUUGGAAAGCAGGGUAUCAGCAGUGCUGCGGCAAGCAAUGAUCUCUCAUUACCUGCUGAAGGUGUGGUUAAGGUUAAAUCCGGUAGUUCACCUUCUUGUCCACGAAUACCAAUUAAUUAUAAGCCAGCCAUGACGUCCACGACAAUCUUGCAACAACGACAUCGAGGUCAUCAGGCUUAUAAUGAGCAGCUGAAGGACGUUGUUGAUCAUAAAGACUAUACAAUUGAUCAAAUGUAUCACAUGUCAGAGAACGAAUUGUAG